AUGUUUUUCAAACUUGUAGUGAAGGUUGGAAUUCAAAGUGUGAAACAUCAAAUAAGACCCGCUAUUGCAGCAUAUAGAACUCUUGCAAAUAAUCACUUAAACUUGCAUAAUUUGAAUACUUUUUAUCUGAAUUAGCUAACACGUUUUGCAGAAGAAGAAGAAAAUGAUCUUAACGAAUUAAAUAUAAUCAACUGUUUGUCGGAGGUGAAAUCUUUAAAUGAAAAUUGA